AUGCUAACUCCGGUGUUUAGCAUUGAGCAAACCGAUGAACACAUCAUCAUUGAGAUUCAUGCACCGUACGCUAAUGUUAAAGAUGCCGAUGCGGAUUAUGCUGACCGACAGUUCUAUUUCUCGUCAAAACCGUACUACUUGAAACUCUAUUUACCCGGCGAACUGGACGAUGCCGAACCGAUCUCGGGAACUUAUGAUUGCGACAAAGGAUCGUUCACUUUCAUAGCUUUAAAAAAGAAUAAAGGUGAAUUCUUCCCGAAUUUGGACCUGAUAAAUGAAUUGCUGAAGCCAUCCGAAGUUCAUGCAAAGCGUCUGGUGGAGGAAGUGGGCGAGAAUGACAGUGAUGACAGUGAUUCUGUGACAGAUAUUUUGCACGAACCGCAAACAUCAGUAGCCGCCGAGGAAACAGAUUUGAUGGACGAAAAAUGCCGCCUUUAUGGUUAUGGAUUUGCUUGUAGCCGACAUGGU